UUCGUAAAUAAUUUUCGACUUCUCGGAGGCUCGAAUUCAGAAAAAAUAGUGAGAUCGUCUAAUUGGAGUGUUGAUCAGUUCCCUGUAUUCCGUUGGAUAAAAUAAACCUGUCAACAUGACGAUGGCAAUGCUGCAACGUCGUGCAAACGUUAGACUUCCACCAGAAGUAAACAGAGUUCUCUACAUCAGGAACUUACCUUACAAAAUAACUGCAGAAGAAAUGUAUGAUAUCUUCGGUAAAUAUGGAGCCCUGAGACAAAUUCGAGUUGGUAACACCGCAGAAACUCGAGGCACAGCUUUCGUCGUCUACGAGGACAUCUUCGAUGCUAAGAACGCGUGCGAUCAUCUGAGUGGAUUCAACGUCUGUAACCGGUAUCUAGUUGUAUUAUAUUACCAGAGCAAUAAAGCAUUCAAGAGGGUAGAUGUCGAUAAGAAAAUGGAAGAAAUUGACAAAUUGAAGACCAAGUACAAUUUAAACGAGGAGAAAAAAUGAAACUGUACAAUUUUUUAAAUUAUUCAUGUCAGUAAUUUAAGAUUUCAAUAUAAUCUAAGUUGUAAUUAUUAUAUCAUCGUCAUCUGCGUUGAAAGUCUGUCCCAUUGUUUACUUCACGUGACAAGAAUAACAAAUAAAUUUUUAACAAAUGAUCGCA